UACCAUGAAAAUAAUGCUGCAUUUUUCCAAACCCUUGACAGUCUAGGACUUGUGAGAGGACAUUUCCACCUGCAGACUAACAUCUUCCCAGAAACGAGGUGAUUCCUGGAUAGAGGAGUGGAGUGAGACUAAUAGGCAAAUGACGUCACUGGAAAAGAACCCAACCUGCAUAGAAGAUGAGAAAGUUCAGGAGGAGCUGAGCAUCAGACCUUUGGAUCAACCUACCAAGAAGAAGAUGCUGCACAGCUGUGACCAGUGUGGAAAGUGCUUUGGUUUUCCAUCAGAGUUAAAAUGUCACCAGCGUGUCCAUACUGGAGAAAAGCCUUUUCCAUGUGACCAGUGUGGAAAAGCUUUUACUCAGUUAGGGAACCUGAAUAAACACCAGCGGAUCCACACAGGAGAAAAGCCCUUUACCUGUGACCAGUGUGGAAAAGCUUUUACUCAGUUAGGGAACCUGAAAAAACACCAGCUGAUCCACACAGGAGAAAAGCCAUUUACCUGUGACCAGUGUGGAAAAUGUUUUACUCUCUCUGGGAAUCUGAAAAGACAUCAGCACAUCCACAAAAGACAGAAGAAGUAACGUGUGUGACCAAUACAAGGAGUUAUUCUGGCAUAUUCACUUUGUGACCAGGAAUUAAAAACCGUUUUACUUGUUCAAUAACUCUUUCAAUAAUAUUCAUUUGCAUUCA